CGAAACAGACUUCUCUCGUUAAACUCAGUCUCUGUGGGCUUUCUUCACAUUUCUCUCUAAAGAAAACCCAAAAUAAUGCCCUUCACAACGGCAUCCUCCAUGCUCCGCCACCGCAUCUCCAGCGCCCUCCGAACCCGCGGCGGCGCAAAAGCUGGUCCCAGCAGAUGGAAAUCUCCGGGACACGAGGAACAACCCAAAGGUCACUUUCUCAAUCGGACCCCACCACCACCCGGAGAGUCUCGUAAAUGGGAAGAUUGGGAGUUGCCUUGCUACAUCACCAGCUUCUUAACGAUUGUGAUCCUUGGCGUUGGUCUCAAUGCUAAGCCUGAUCUCACUAUUGAAACUUGGGCUCAUCAGAAAGCACUUGAACGACUCCAGAUGGAGAAGUUGGGCCUCUCCGGUUCUGCUGAUUCUGAGUGAAAUUGGAGAUCUGGGUAUGCUUGUUUUUUUAUCAAACUUUUGUGGGAUUUUGCUGGGGUUGUUGAUAAUAACAUGUAGUCAAAUAAAAAGGGUUUUUGACCGACUGACUGAUUGACUGUCUUCUGUAAUUUGGAUAAUUUUUAAAGUAAGUUUAUUUUUUGGUUAA